AUGGCAUUUUUAUUGUUGCCUAGAAUUGCCACGAGUGUUGGGGUGGGAAAGGCUGAUAUUACAGGUCCAGUGGCAGAAGUGGUCUUUGCCGGAUAUGCAAACUUCACUCAGACUGGUACUGGGCUCAGGCACCGGCUCUUCGCUCGUACCUUUAUUUUUGCCAACCCAGCAAAUACCACAAAUACAUUUAUAUACACCGUACUGGACAAUUUGACAGGAGAUACAGCAAUCCGGCAUGGUAUCCUUCAAGGUCUUGCUAACCAAGGAGGCGACUAUACUCGUUAUGGAGAACAUAAUGUCGCUAUAACUGGCACACAUUCCCAUUCUGGUCCAGGAGCUUGGAAUAAUUAUCUCCUAGUGCAGAUAUCCACUAUUGGAUUCGAUAAGCAGAGUUAUAAUGCCAUUGUUGAUGGUGCUCUGUUGUCGAUUACCCGAGCUCAUGAGAACCUUGCAGAGAGUAAGAUCACUGUAGCUACCACCGAGAUUACGGAUGGCAAUAUUAAUCGCAGUCCCUACUCAUAUUUGGCAAACCCAGAGUCUGAACGAGCACAAUACGAUUAUAACACAGAUAGAACAAUGACAUUGCUGAAGAUUGACCGUACAUCCGAUAACAAGACGUCAGGCGUCCUGUCAUUCUUCUCCGUACACGGCACCUCGCUUUACAACAACAACACACUUGUUACUGGCGACAACAAAGGGGUCGCUGCAUACCUUUUUGAGCGUAGCGUGAGUAACGACACCCGUUUCGCUGAUAGCUUUGUUGCUGGCUUUUCGCAAUCAAGUGUUGGCGAUAGCUCUCCGAAUGUACUUGGAGCGUAUUGCGAAGAUACAGGCUUACAAUGCAAAUUCUCUGAUAGCACAUGCAAUGGGAAGACAGAACUCUGUCAGGGACGAGGACCUUAUUUUCAAGAAAAAGAUAAUGGAGCGAAGAGCUGUUUCGAAAUGGGACGUCGUCAAUAUGCAGCUGCCACAGAGCUAUAUGAUCAGAUGAUGCUUGGUACAGCGUCAAAUUUGACUCAAAUCACUGGCAGUUCCUCCGUCGCCGCAUUUCAUACGUACAACCAGAUGUCGGGUUUUCAAUUCACUUCUCCAUUCAAUGGUAAUUCAUUGUCUACCUGCUACGCAGCUUUGGGUUACUCUUUCGCUGGUGGAACCACCGACGGCCCAGGUGACUUUGACUUUACACAGAAUAAUACGGGCCCUGCCACUAAAAAUCCUCUCUGGUUGAUUGUUCAUGAUCUAAUUCACACUCCGGGCCCAGAGCAAGUUAAAUGUCAAGCCCCUAAGGAUAUUCUAUUUGAUAUUGGCCAAAACACAAUCCCUUAUGCAUGGGCACCGGACAUCGUAGAUGUUCAAGGACUUCGUCUUGGCCAAUUGCUCGUUAUAGUUUCCCCAAGUGAGGUAACCACCAUGUCAGGCCGCCGUUGGAAAGCCAUGGUUUCUCAAGAAGCUCAAAAGGUUUUAUCUAUCUCAGAUCCAAUUGUCGUUCUUGGAUCUCCCGCCAACUCCUAUUCUCAUUAUGUGACAACCGAGGAGGAAUAUGGUGUACAGCGCUAUGAGGGUGCCUCCACACUUUUUGGUCCAAAUGAACUGGCAGCUUACGUUAAUUUGAGCUUGACCUAUCUACCAUACCUAGGUAGCACCAAAAACGUUGCAACUCUUCCUGCAAUACCUGCAGGACCGAACCCACCAGUCAAUACUAAUAUUUCCUUAUCCUUCAUUCCCGGUGUUGUUUACGAUAAUCCCCCUCUUGGACAUUCGUUUGGCGAUGUGUUAACUUCUUCUCCGAUAAAUGAGACGUACUCCCCUGGUGACUACUUCGCGGUUACUUUUGUAGGCGCUGACCCGCGAAAUGACUUGAGAUCUGAAGACACGUACGCUUCUGUUGACAUGAAACAUGAUAACGGUGAUUGGGAAAGGGUGCGCAGCGACUUAGACUGGAAUUUGACAUUCGAGUGGGCACGUACAGAUGCGGUGGUCGGUUCAAGUGAUGUCACUUUGACUUGGCAGAUCGAGGACUCUUACUAUCUCACUGGCUGGGCACAGCCGCUACAGAGCGGCACGUAUCGUAUCCAUUAUUAUGGCAAUUCAAAAAAUAUUUUGGGCACUUUGACAGCAAUUGAAGGAAUCGGGCCUGAAUUUGAAGUCCAAGUCUAG